AUGGAACCAACUUGUUCUGCUUGCGCCAUGGAAUGGAGCAUCCAACUUGAGAAAUAUCUUCGUUCUAGUAAACCAGACCAUAGCCCUAUCAUGCUUCAUUGUGAUCCGACCCACCGUAUCAGCCAUAAGAGCUAUCGUUUUCGGUUUGAGAAUGUAUGGCUUAAAGAAGAUGAGUUAUUUGAUGUUGUGAACCAGAGUUGGAAUGCUGUAGAUAAUGGGGAGGUACUGCAUCGUAUUAGUAACUGUGCAAAAGAGCUUUCUAUUUGGAAUAAAGUAAAAUACAAGGAGAAGAACCACAAUCUUGCUUUACAUAUGGCAGCCAUGGAAGCUGCUAGAAUGGCUAAUGAUCAGGGUGCAGCCGGGAGAUUUUUUGAGGCGCAGAAAGAGUACAACAAAAUCCUGAUUCGGGAGGAAAUCUUCUGGAAGCAAAGAGCUAAAAUGCAUUGGCUUCGACACGGUGAUUCGAACUCAAAAUUUUUCCAUAAGUCGGCAACAGUAAGGAAUAAUUUCAAAAAGAUAGAUAUGCUUGUUGAUGGGAGAGUAUGA